AUGUCAGAAUCAGGAAUCAUAGAGAUAAAUCCACCAAAAUAUCCAAAUCCUCUUGCAAAUUUUAGUAGAGGAAUAGGGUAUCCAAAAUGGCAACCAAUAGAUACUAAAAAACAAGUUAGUGAAUUAUUUAGAUUUGGUUUUUAUUCAACUGUAGGAUCAUAUGCUUUUUUGUACUUGUGGAAAAGAACUACUUUCAAAUUAACUAUUCCAAUUUCAGCAAUAACUUUUAUAACAGUAGCAAAAGGUUUACAAUCAUCAUUAGCUAAUUUAAGAGAAAAAAAUGAUUGUUGGAAUAUAUUUUGGGGAUUAACUGGUGCAAAUACUUUAAUAUUAAGUUUAGGUUUUAAAUCAAUGCCUCCAAAAGUUAAAAUAAUAACUGGAUUUUUAGGAACUACAGCUGCAACAAUAAUAGAUAGAGCUUAUUGGGCUCAAUCUACUAGUUCACCAGUUAAAAAUGUUAGAUAUGAAUUAGAUCAAAGUAAUAAAGAUUUGACUCAACAACAAUUUUGGGAUGUUUGGAGUAGAAGACCUGCUACUGAAACUUUUGAAGAUUUGAAUGUUAUUGGUAGAUCAAGAGUUAUUGAAAAAAAAAGUGAUUAG